AUGGGUUACCUGCAGCUCUCGUUUCCCGGAUUUUUCUGGCCCUUCACGCUUGCCACCCCGUCGAAAGACAUCACGAUUGACCUUACGCUCGCAUACCCCCCUGCUCCCCCAGCACCCUGUAAACCUAAGCCUAAUGCCCGUCCGGCCACCCUCCCAGCCGAACUUAUCCUCAGUAUAGUCGAACUCGCAUCCAUCACCCCGACCUAUGAACCCGACACGUCUCUCCUCCUCGCUUGCUCCCUUGUCUGUAAAUCAUGGUCUACUCCAGCCCAGACCCUCCUCUUCCGCAACAUCGAUCUCCGUUCGCAACGCUCGUCCAACACAUUCCGUGCUGCUGUCGAUCCAGGUACCGAACGUGGUCGUGCCCUCGCUUCGUGUGUACGGAGUCUCCGAGCAACCAUCGAUCCCUCCCAGCCCUUCCGUCUCCUUCCUCGUUCCUUCGCCCUGGCCACAACAAUGUGCCCCAACCUCAAAGGGAUCGACCUCACGCUCUACGGCCCACCCACUCCCCACGCCGCCUCCCAAAAUACACACGGCUCCCCUCUCAGUUUCUCCCGCCAGAAGAACCCAACGCCGACGUUCGAUGAGAAGACGCUCUCCAUCCUCCGUUCCGCAUCGUGCACCAUCACUUCUCUUCGUUUUACAAACUGGUCCACCAACUUCUCCGCUCUCCCUCAGCUCAUCUCUGCCUGGCCCAGCCUCCAAAACCUCUCGCUUCGUGGCUACCCACCUCAGCUUGUCGCCGAAGAGCCAUGUGCGCUAAAGCUCUCCAGUCUCAGUCUCAACUUCCCGCCUGCUCCGAGUUAUGAGUUCCUCGACUGGCUGCUCCACGAUACCGAGAAGGCUGAGAGUCUCCGGUCGUUGCACGUCUCGUUUAGCGAUUCCGCUGCGCUCGAGCACAUCCUCACCGCGCACGGUUCGAAGCUGCAGUCCCUUUCGCUUCCGACGUUGAGGGCUUCGGAGGCCACGGUCCUGGCGAAGGAAUGCCCCGCGUUGGAGAGCUUGAGCAUCGAACGGUCUGCGGCCUUCAGGCCUAGGAAGGACGUCGCUUUGAAGGACAUCGCUCUGGGUGUGGAUGGGAAUACCUCAUUGGGGCCGUUGGUGGCGAGUCUGGGAGAGGAUGGCCCGCGGAGCGUGGUGUUGAUGCUAUGGAAGGGAGGUGAGAAGCAUCCUUUGCUUCCUGAGUUGAAGAGGAGGUGUGCGGAGCUCGGAGUGAGCUGUAGAAUUGUCAGGAAUGCGGAGGUAUUCAGGGCCGUUGUGGUGAGCAUUUCUCUGCUCUGA